AUGAAAACUGUUGCAGAUGGCAUAAACAAGAUAUUGGAGGACAAAAUUCAAGAAGUUGAUAAAGCUUACGAUCCCGCUUGCCAAAAGCUUGCCGUUCAGGCUGAAAUGAUAUCAAAUUAUCUGCAAAAAGUUGAAAAGUCACUUCAACGCACAAAUGAUGUGUUGGAAAAUUCGAAGCUUGAAGAAUUGUUGUCAGCGCAGAAAGUUAUCGAUGAUGAUAUUCAAAUGUUGCAAAAUGAAAGACCUCAAAAUUUAACAACGUUCCAGGUUCAAGUUGAAAAUCCGGAAUCGUAUAUGAAAACGCUUUGUUUUUAUACGAUAUUGACGAAAUUGGCAGCAAAUUGUAAGUAUAUCUGUUUUUAUUUUAUUCCAAGAACAGGGGCGUAGGAAGCGGGUGGGCACGGGGGGCACGUGCCCCCCCCAAUUUUUUUAAAGGACUAAAAGUGCCCUUUUUUGUGAUAAAAAGUGCCCUUUUUGUGUUGAAAAGUGCCCUUUUUUGUGAGGAAAAGUGCCCCUUUUGUAGAAGCUAAUGUCGCUGUAAAUACUAAAUUAAAACAAUAGGUGCCGUUUGUGUGUGGAAAUUUACAAAUUUUUUUUAAAAAUUAGGUCACAAACAUAAAUUUCGGUAUGAUACGACGGAAAAUUUUCCUCAGGAGAAAUUUCUCCCCCCCCCCCGUCGACAACAUUUCCGGGAAAAAUUUUUUAGGUGCCCUUUCCGAUAGUAAUGUGCCCCUACAAGCCGGUGCCCCCCCAAACUCCAGGUGCUUCCUACGCCCCUGUCCAAGAAUAUGGAUUAGAGUUACUUGGUACAUCUAUCUGAAUAGGUCUGGACAUUUUUAAUUUUUUAGUUCAAUUAAUAUUAACUUUGAAUGUUAAUCUUAAAAACAAUUUGACGCUUGUGAUGUUACUCUGAGUGUAUAUCCACACCGGGCAGGCUACGGUGGGAAUCGAACCUAUACGACCUUUGGAAUAUUACACCAACACAAGAAAAUUAAAAACAAUUUGUUAUUCUUUAUGAAUUACAGCAAUCAUGCCAGAUACAGCAAUCCUGAAAAAUGAAAUGGAGCUUUUUCAACAUUUGCUGCGCUUCCUUAACAACAGAAACGCACCAUUAAAGCUUUGUUACAGAGCAUCUCUACAUGGUUGGUCUAGUCAAGACUUCCACAAACUGUGUGAUAAUAAAGCAGGAACAGUAGUUUUGGUCAAGGUUGGAAACUGGAUCUUUGGAGGAUACACUGAUCAAACUUGGCUAG